CCAGCUUCCGCUUAGCAACUCAAGAAAGCGACAAAAACUUCGCAAAGUUCCCUUUUUGCUUCGCCCGUAGUUUGCUCCCAAUCUUUUUAAGGCUCCGAGAAAAGUGCCGAUAAACCCCACGAAGCGACCGGACGUUGCACCCAGGUUCGAGCGAGCUUGCGCCCGUCAACAACGCUCUCGGGUAGGAAAAGUUUGCCGAGCACUUUCGCUAUUUACUUCGAGACGAAAAAAAAAAAAAAAAAAAGCAACAGAAAAAAAAAAAGUAAGGAAGAAAUAGAGAUUCCUUCAAAGAGACGGUACGAGCAGAGAAUUCGGGCGCCCUGUCGCCCACUGACAACGAAGAAUGGUUAGCUUCAGAGCGCACAGCUGGCGCCCAGCGCAGCGUUUCAAGCACAUCUGCUCGCUCCGUUUGUAGCAGACGCUCCGAGCAGAUUUCGCAGGCUUGAACCCAUGUGUUAAACCGACGCACUUUUGGACCGCUUCUCAACCACCCUUUUUUUAUUUCCGGGUUUGGUGACGCAGCAGCGACAGUAGCAAUCCGUCGGGCAGCAUAGCACGGCUCCCGGAAGUUUGCCGUCCGUUUCGUGGUUGGUGGUAUGUGUCCCGUUGGUCGGUGCGCUUUGGCCGAACACGGGAGCCUGAGGAGGGUGUGCCUGUGAUCUUCACCGGCAUGCGGUCGCAACACGAAGCAAGCGGGAGCGGCAGUUGUUGAAGGGCAGUGGGUGCGGUGAGCUGUGCGUCGGAACGGCGACAUGGGGUGUGGACUCGGUGUCAUCAAGUUCGUCCUCUGCACCGUCAAUGUGACCAUUUCGCUGCUGGGAAUAGCCGCCAUCGUUGUGGGGGCCGUUGUGCUCAACAACCCAAACCUGCACGAUGUCAACGACCAUCUGGAAAAGUUCUCCAACUACCCGACGGCUGCCACGGUAGCACUGGUGGCAGGCGUCAUGGUCCUCCUGUUUGGCUUUUGCGGUUGCUGCGGAGCCUGCUUCGGCGUGGGAUGGCUUCUCCUCAUGUUUAUCAUCACCAUGAUUGCCUUCGUCGUCGUGGAGACGGUAGCUAUAGGCCUCGUCUGGAAGUAUGCCAACAGCGCAGAGUUGGAGCACACGCUGACAGCGACGCUGCUCAAGUUCAUAGAGGCCAACAAGACCGGAUUGCCCAACUUUCUCCACGAUUUGCAGCAAGGCCUUUCGUGCUGCGGUGCCAAAGGCUCGAUCGACUACACAGUAAACGGCCUCAGUAUACCAGAAAGCUGCUACACCACGAAAGAAAAGAAGUCGGAACUCCACACAACGGGCUGUGGACGGGCAAUUGCAGUGUUCCUUGGGGAACAAAGCCUCAAGAUUGGUCUCCUGACUCUUGGAAUAGUCGUCGCUCAG